AUGAAAGAAGCCAAGUGGCUUGGGAUCUGUGAGACUAAACCAGAGCAUUUCAUCACCAGUUCAGAAGAUUUAAUUACACCUUCUGUGGGAAUACUUCUUGAGGUUACUUGCAGGCCACCUCGGAGUUCAUGGUGUCAGCUCAAAGCCUCCGUAUCUUUUGCUGAACCAUUUUUCUCUCAUUUUGAAAAUAUACCAAGGGAACUGGUUGAUGAAGUUCUGGAGGAACAGGAACUUUGUGUGACGCUAUCCUUUACAUUCUUCAGUGACUUCAUUUGGAGGGGCUGGGAUGAUGAUAAAAGUUGUGAGAAAUAGUCAGCUCUGGUUGAGGAAUGAUUCGCGCUGCAGCAGGUCACCAUAAAAAAAACCCACCUGGAAAUGUAUAAAAUCUUCUGUUUGGAACUGAUUCAUUAUCAAAGUAGUGUUAAAGAAGAACCAGCAGCUGGAGAAGCUGAUAAAUGCUGGAAAAAACGGCAGUGUGGGAGGAAAACUUGGAAUUCCAAACCCCAGCCCUGGCAUCUGCAAAGCUCUUUGCAAAAGCAACUGACUGCAGGAAAGAGAACAGGGCAGACGAUUUGCAAAAUGCUCUUAAAUUUGAAACUUUACUUUUGCUUUGUUUUCAGUUUGCUCAAAUGUAGGAAGCAGUGCUCACUUUUUCCUGUACGGGUGAAAGAUUUUUCUAGGGAUGCUCCAUUUCGGCAAGAUGAUAAUUUGAACGUGGCUUUAGAAAGUUGGUACAGUGGAGACCACGCAGUUGUUUUCCCAGGAGAACACGAGGCUGUAAACUCACCCCUGUUAACUAAAGCCAUUAUUAUUGGACCUUAGUGCUGUGUUCUCUUAUAAUUCACCUCUGCCUUUACGAACCAUAGCUCAGAAGCGGUCCUGAUUGAUGGUUCUUAGCAAACAGUAGGGAAAAGUACAUUUACCAGAGCUUUUAAUGGGAUU